GUAAGACACUGCAUUAAUUCCGCUUCCUGCAGAAGAAGCCGUGUCAAAUAUUGUUGACGAUGUUGUUGUAGAUUAUUUUAGAAUUCAGCGGUUAACAAUGAGUACAGGUAGCACAACUGAAGCACCAAACUCAGGAGGAGGUGGCGCAGGCUCCUCUGAUCAAAAUGAAGAUAAUGACGGUUCUGUUUACGAAUGCAACAUAUGCCUGGACACUGCCCACGACCCAGUUGUCAGUAUGUGCGGGCAUUUAUUUUGUUGGGCGUGUCUUCACCAGUGGAUAGAAACAAGACCGAAUCGGCAGACCUGUCCUGUUUGUAAGGCUGGAAUAAGCAAAGACAAAGUUAUUCCUAUAUAUGGAAGAGGUAACCCCAAUCCACAGGAUCCCAGGGAGAAACUUCCACCACGUCCACCUGGUCAGAGGUCAGAACCAGAAGGAUCAGGGGGAUUUGGUGGUUUUGGCCUCGGUGAUGGAGGAUUUCAGUUCUCAUUCGGUAUUGGUGCCUUUCCCUUUGGUAUUUUUGCCUCAACCUUUAACUUCAAUGAUGGCCGACCUGGUCCACCAACAGUCAACUCCCCACAGCAUGCAGAAGAACAGUUCCUGUCAAGAGUAUUCCUGUGGGUGGCCAUUGUUUUCAUUGUGUGGCUCUUACUGGCUUGAUUUUGAUGCUGCACACACAAAACUGCAUGUAAAAUAAUAUCUUCAACCCUUCAAGGCAUAGCAACCCUUUCAACGACAUUGAUAAAUGGCCCUUCAAAUUGUCAGGCAUUUUAAUAAAUGACAGAUUUGCUGUUGUUAGAUCUGCAGGGAUGUCUUGGUCAAUAUUUGAAGAGCAAAGGUUGCAGUUGCACAAUAAACAUUGUUUUGUGACAGUUAUGAAUCUGAUGAUGCAACCUUUAACAGUUUCUAUAUUUACAUGUACCGGUAUAUAAACACACACACACACACACAUUGCAGGAUUAAAUUUUAAUCAACAACAAAAUCAUGCAUUUUUGUGAAAGGAGUAACCAUUUGAUUUUCAAGGGGUAGGAGUGGUGGAAUUUUGGUUUGAGGUCAGAAUUUUUUAAUGGUUAGGAGCUCAACAUAAACAGGUGCUCAAUAAUGAACUUUGAACACUUGUCUGCAAAAAAAGGCACAUUGCUUUUUCCUACAAUGCAAAGCAUAUGUAAUUAAUGACACCCCACCCCCACUUCAAAUGGUUACUACCCAUAAAGUCUGUUGAUAAACAAUCACAUUGGCUUUUGUGCAUAAUCUAGAACCAUUCAUGGAUGUUUGUAUGACUGAGUAUUUGUGCAAGGAAUGUGUGUGUGUAUAUUGGAUUGAUUGAGAGAAAUACUAUGUACAAAAUGUUUUCAGUAUAUAACAGACAUUUUUUCCGAUUUAUGGGAUAAAUUGAUGAUUGUUUUCAUAUUCUAUUGUGAGCUGUAUAUAGGUACUGGUAACUUAUAUUCUCUGCAAAUUCACCCAAUUUGUGUUGCUGUAAUUAGUGUUCAUUACUUUUGUUGUCUUAUCGUUGUUUAUUUAGCACUGCAAUAAUUGGAUGGUGUUGUAUUGUUUUCUGUUAAAGCUUUGAUGCUUGAGUCCAUGAUCACAUUUCCAAAGACAAUGAGCACAAAUAAGUAUACUGCUCAACUAUUGAUAAGGAAACAGAUAAUGUUUCUGUUUUGAUAUAAUGGGUAGGUUCCUUGGCAGGAUAAGUGGA